AAUUUGUUUUUUUCCUCUUGAAGACUUGAACCAUCUGGUGGAGCACGAGAAGAUUCAUUCACGAACAGCCAAGUAAUUUUUUGAUAUCGUUCAUAAGUUUUAGGGGAAGAAGAGCAAAGAGGGCGAGAGAUAUCUUCUUCUUAUCCAUGGCGGCUAUUGCUAGUUUGCAAGCAGUUAAUCUCACACUUAGGCGACGUGGCACUCGAUGUGGGAUUGCGGAGCCGAGCGGAGAGCCAGCUCCAAUGGGGCUGAAGACUAGAUACGACGAUGGGUUGGUGGAGAGAGUGUUCAUGGGUCUGUUCGCGAGGAAGAUGGACAAGUUCGGGUCGAAGAAGAAGAAGGAAACGAAGGAGAAGGGUUUUUGGGAGUACGAUUACGAGAGCUUCGUGGAGGUGUCAAAGAGAGUGAUGCAGGGACGGUCCAGAGUGCAGCAGCAAGAGGCCGUGAGGGAGGUUCUUCUCUCUAUGCUGCCUCCUGGUGCUCCUCAACAGUUUAGAAAAUUGUUCCCACCAACGAAAUGGGCUGCAGAGUUCAAUGCCGCUCUUACAGUGCCUUUCUUUCACUGGUUGGUUGGUCCUUCUCAGGUCAUAGAAGUGGAAGUGAAUGGUGUGAAACAGAGAAGUGGAGUUCGUAUAAAGAAAUGCAGGUAUUUGGAGAACAGUGGGUGUGUAGGAAUGUGUGUGAAUAUGUGCAAGAUUCCAACCCAAGAUUUCUUCACCAAUGAGUUUGGCCUCCCACUCACCAUGAACCCAAAUUUUGAAGACAUGAGCUGCGAGAUGAUAUACGGGCAAGCGCCUCCGGCCUUUGAGGAGGAUGUAGCCACCAAACAACCUUGUCUAGCAGACAUAUGUUCUAUGUCCACUCCAAGCUCCCCAAUCUGCCCUAAACUAGAGGCAUGAGUGGAUUGGAUCAGCAGCCACUUCUUUUAUGGGAUGUGCAACUUCCAAGAGAUAUACAUACUUUGUUUUUUCCAAACACAUACAUUACAUAUAAAAGACAGUUGUGAAGACGAGUUAGUGUUCUGUGUUACUAUUUUCGUUGGGUUGUGUAAAGUGUACGAUUAAUACACUUGAGAUUACUCAUCUUCUUUGUGUUCUAUGUUUGAACUCGCCAUGCUGGUUAUAACUUGGAUCUCAAGUGUUACUUGCAGUUUGUAUUGUAAUAUAAAACCAAAAACUGAGAUUAGCUUAGUUAUAAAGCAACCCUCUCUGAUAGAAGGGGUGAGACUGGCCUUUGGCAGCCAACGAAGAGGAGGCUGGAGCCAAGGCACUCAGAAGCAAUGGAGUAUGUUUUGCUUUUAUGACUUACUUUCAAAGAUUGUUUAGUUUGUGGUUUGGUGCUUUGAUACACACUGAAAGAAUUUUACUUUGAUAUGACUUGCACAUAUGAAAUCUGUUUCUUGUUUUGUUUCCUGCAACUCCAACUGACUAGGGAGUGAACAGAACAGAGUAAAUGUUUAGAUAAUUG